CCAAAUCAAGGAAAAAGCUGCAAAUUGUUAUUUAUAUAAGCAAAGCGACCUCAAUAGGGCUGGCACACCUUUUUAUCUGUAUUCACCUAUUCUCCCUCGACGGAGACGGUAAGGUAAACGUCGGAGGUUAGCUCAAUCUCUUCUUUCAAUACCCAACCAGAGCAAUAAUAUUGCGAUCAACAGUUGGGAACCCACGAUUUACUGCUCUAGGCCAUCUUCUUCACUUCAUCGAACAUCUUUCAGAGGCCUCCUGUAGACAGCCUGAUUAUUUGGCUCUUUCAAAAUGGAUAAACAAGCACCUUCUAGCCUUUUUGUUAAUGAUGGUUCAUUCAUGGAGAGGUUCAAACAACUCCAGCAAGAAAAGGGAAAGGACCAUGAGAAGGAUAAAGCUGUAGAAAUGGAAUCUAAACCAAAAACAAUUGUUUCAGGGGCAUUGGCUCCUAAACCUUCUCCUGGCAAAAUAACUAUGCAAUUUAAGUCUAGUAGUGCAAGCAAGACCCCACAGCCUCCUUCAGGUGGAAAACUUGCAUUCAGUUUGAAGCAGAAGUCAAAAAUUGUUGCUCCGCCAGUUAAGUUGGGGGAAGAUGAGGAGGAUGAAGAUGAAGCAGAUGCUGGGAAUGUUUCAGGUGAUACAUCAGCAAAAAGGCAGAAGUUGGGUCAAUCAGAUGCCUCUGAACAAUCAAAACGAGUGGAUGUUGCACCACCUUCCCCGAGUGAUCCUACAGUGAAGAGAGUUGCAGACAAACUAGCAAGUUUUGUUGCAAAAAAUGGAAGGCAAUUUGAGCAUAUCACGCGUCAAAAGAACCCUGGAGACACACCAUUUAAAUUUCUAUUUGACAAAACAUGCUCAGACUACAAGUACUAUGAGUUUCAGCUUGCUGAAGAGGAGAGGGCUCUUUCACAGGCUAGGGAUUCUGAAAUUCCUCCUAGUGGGGCUACAAGUACGUCAGCUUCUAAAUCCACAAGUAGUUCCCAAAAGUUGAAUCAGCAGCAACCAAAUUACCAAAUCCCUGCCUCAGCUCUAUAUGAAGCCACUGAUGAGCCUAUUUCAGCGACUUCAGCGUCACAAUCAACAUCAGCAGCUGCAGGUGAAUCUAGUGGUCCAGAAGGUACAGAUCCAAUAGCAAUGAUGGAAUUCUACAUGAAGAAGGCUGCUCAAGAAGAGAGGAGGAGGCAGCCUAAACACUCAAAGGAUGAAAUGCCUCCACCUCCUUCUCUUCAAGGUAAAAGAGGUCAUCACAUGGGUGACUACAUCCCACCAGAAGAGCUUGAGAAGUUCUUGGCUAGCUGUAAUGAUGCAGCUGCUCAAAAAGCAGCUAGAGAGGCUAUAGAAAGAUCGAAAAUCCAGGCUGAUAAUGUUGGGCAUAAAUUGUUGUCCAAAAUGGGUUGGAGAGAAGGUGAGGGACUGGGGAGCUCCAGAAAUGGUAUGGCAGACCCCAUCAUGGCUGGCAAUGUAAAGAAGGACAACUUGGGUGUUGGUGCUCAACAACCUGGGGAGGUGACUCCUGAUGAUGAUAUAUAUGAGCAGUAUAAGAAGCGAAUGAUGCUUGGUUACCGUUACCGACCAAAUCCUCUGAACAACCCUCGAAAAGCAUAUUACUGAGCAACCUCAUUGAAGCUUAGGUGUUUGAUGGAAAAUAAAUGGGGAGUUGAACUGCUUAAUAUACUUUACAAGAAAUAUUAAAUUGUAGCCUAUUGACAAAAAUGAAGCUAUUUGGGAAAUUGUUGUUCAAUGACUAAAUUGUUCAUUUGUUUUUUCAUAUGGAUUUGUUUUCACCGGAGCAGACAUGCCAAGGAUGAGAUCCAUCACUUGGCCUUUGCUUGAAUGUGCUUUUGUGUUUGAAUAUGAAAGUUGUCCAGAGUAAUGCUUGAA